AUGGCUCCCAUAAAGUCUCGUGGUGGUCGUUCUGCCGCUCCACCUCGCUCUGCCGACGACAUGUGGGUGCACGACAUGCACGACAAGCCCCAUGCCACACUCCGUGAAGCGCCGUCAGGUCCGCCGACGGCCCAGCUUCUUGUAUCUAACCUCCACUACGAGGUCACGGUCAAGGACCUGGCGGCCGUAUUUGGGCAGAUAGGCACGCUUGUAAGCGCGCCGCAAAUUAGGUUCGACCGCAGCGGUCGCUCCCAGGGCAUUGCGGUCAUCUCGUUUGAGACCCCUGCCGAGGCGACGCGCGCACGAAAUCAGCUUCAGGGUGUCCUUGCCAAAGGCGAGCCCAUGUCGAUCGAGUUCAAGCGCGACGUGCCCAAGCCACGCCGCAACUCGGAGCCGGGAGCGACUGGGACACCAUCGCUUCUCAACAGGAUACGAGACGCGCCGAAGGCGCCUCUCUCACAAAGGCUCAAUAAGGCGGAGCAUGCUGCAGCUAAGAGCGCGAAAGCAGCAGCAGUGAAGGCAUCCGCACCGGGCGGUCGUGGUGGCCGUGGCGCGCGCGGAGGUCGUGGAGGUCGGGCGCCGCGCGAGCGAAAGCAACCAAAGACGGCGGACGAUCUCGACAAGGAGCUGGACGCAUACCUGGGGAAUGACAAGGAGAAGCCAGCGCCUGCUCCGGCGUCGAAAGACGCGAACGGCGACGUGGAGAUGUCCUGA